CCGACUGGCACAUGCAUGCAAGGCCACAAUAACUGGCUUCCCCUCCCCAUAAUAAACCCCCUCCUUCCUCCACCUUCCUCCUAACAAUGCUCCCACACUACUCCUUCCACCCCCUUCCCAAUACAGACCUCCAAUGGCGGCCCAUAGUCCAAGAACCUACCCCCAAUUGCCCCCGCUGCGACUCACCAAACACCAAGUUUUGUUACUACAACAACUACUGCCUCACUCAGCCGCGCUACUUAUGCAAAGCCUGCCGCCGCUACUGGACCAAAGGCGGCUCUCUCCGCAACAUCCCCGUCGGCGGUGGCUGCCGAAAGAGCCGCCGUCGGGACUCUGUUAAGCGCACCUCCACCGUUCCCACUUCUCCUUCUUCGCCGCCAACUUCCCUCCGGCCCGACGAGGCCCUUGAAACCAUGUCCGGCGGUAAAGGCGGAAGCUUUCCUUCGCCGGAUCUCCGGUCUCUCAGCCUAGCUCAAUUCUACACCAAAUUCUUAAACCAUACCCCUGAUCAGUUCGAACAGGGUGAAGCUGAUCUCAUGCCGAUGAUGACGAUGCCGUUCUUGGAAGAGAGUUUGGAGAGGCAGAGCAGUGCAGAGAUUGGAAUUGGAGAAGAAGCAGUACUCAGCAGCAAUUAUGUUGAGAGGAGAUUGAUGGAGGAGGAGAACAGGUUUCUGAAAGAUGAACUUUUGGAGGUGCAGGAAAGAAGAGGAGUGGUGGAUUAUAAUGAUAGCUAUCUGAUGAGUUUGAAUAAUUAUGAAUUAAAGACAGAUCUGAUGUGGGAAGUUCGAGGUUUCAGCGGAUAGCAAAAUGGCUUUGGUUUUGAUGAGUUUGGAAGCCUUUCUGAAAGUUUUACUUGAUCAUUUGUUGUUUUGUUGCUUACGAAUGUUGGCAUUUCUCGUAAAUUGUACUUUUUGGCUACUGUUAGCUCAUUGUCACAGGUAUUUGUGAUUUUAUUGUAUGAUAUCCUGACGCAAUAUGCUCUGCUUUGCUAUGGUAAGAGGUACACUGUAAUAAUAAUGUCCACAACAUUGUGGGAAGAUGCUGCGCAGGAACGCGAAUAAAGUGUCGAUGUUCUUUUUAUGGGGUGUAUAGUUGCUCGUCUCUGUCUUCGGGUGCUCGCAUAUUUUUU